ACUUCAUUUCCCGGCGUUCACUGCGGCGCCCGACCCUUGGCGUUUGCGCGUUGCCCUUUCCCCACCCUCCCCAAUUUCCCCUCCCCCCCCCCCCCCACCCCACUUCGGCUACCGCGGUCGGGUCUGUGGCCUGCGUUGUAGCCCUCGCGUUCCUUGGAAGCGGCAACUCCCCUCCCCCGCCCUGUUCCCGGUCCCCGUCCAGCCGCUGACGUGAAGAUGAGCAGCUCAGAGGAGGUGUCCUGGAUUUCCUGGUUCUGUGGGCUUCGUGGCAAUGAAUUUUUCUGUGAAGUGGAUGAGGACUACAUCCAGGACAAAUUCAAUCUCACUGGACUCAAUGAGCAGGUGCCUCACUAUCGACAAGCUCUAGACAUGAUCUUGGACCUGGAGCCUGAUGAAGAGCUGGAAGACAACCCCAACCAGAGCGACCUGAUUGAGCAGGCAGCCGAGAUGCUUUAUGGAUUGAUCCACGCCCGCUAUAUCCUCACCAACCGUGGCAUCGCCCAGAUGUUGGAAAAGUACCAGCAGGGAGACUUUGGCUACUGUCCCCGUGUGUACUGUGAGAACCAGCCAAUGCUUCCCAUCGGCCUUUCGGACAUCCCAGGUGAGGCCAUGGUGAAGCUCUACUGCCCCAAGUGCAUGGACGUGUACACACCCAAGUCAUCGAGGCACCAUCACACGGACGGCGCCUACUUCGGCACCGGUUUCCCUCACAUGCUCUUCAUGGUGCACCCCGAGUACCGGCCCAAGCGGCCCGCCAACCAGUUUGUGCCCAGGCUCUACGGUUUCAAGAUCCAUCCAAUGGCCUACCAACUGCAGCUCCAAGCCGCCAGCAACUUCAAGAGCCCAGUCAAGACGAUUCGCUGAUUCCCCAUCCCACCUGACCCUCAGUCUUUGACACCUCCGAUCCUUUGCUGCCACCCUUUCAGGAUCCCUCUAUGGUUUUUAGUUUAAAUUAAAGGAGUCAUUAUUGUGGUGGGAAUAUGAAAUAAAGUGGAAGAAAAGGC